UUGGGAAAAUCCCAACCCCAUCCUUCCCACUCUCCCACUCCCGUCCGUCCUGGUCUUCCCGUCCUACCUUACUUCCCACCCCGACUGUGUUUUUCUGCAUUCAAGCAUUGUCGACUAACACCUUGAGGUACGGAGUACGCAGUAGGUGCCUUGCCCUCUAACCCAAGGCGCCCCUCUCUUUCUUCCCUCGUCUUCUCGCUUCCUCCGACCUCUACUUCCGCCUUUCCCUUUCCUCCUCAAAUCACCAAUCCACUUCCACCCCUUGGACAUUGGAUGGCCUCGCAUGCCGAUCUCAUCCCCAAUGCCAACGUGGUCUCGAUAACGUGUUUGUUACUCUCCUGAGUCCUCAUUCAUGGUCACUGCCCUCGCGCCCCGCGAGACACUCGUCCACCUUCAAACCGACCUUGCCUGAUCUGCCUAGCGACCGCGGCUUUAGGGACCGAUCAGUCGACCUUCGCUACGGAAUAACAUCCCGCCAUUCUCCACAGCUGCUAACACCGACGAAGCCAGACCUUACAGACCGACCAUAUCACUCACCUCACCCAUUAUUAGCAGUAGCACCACCGCCCAGAACCACGGUCGUCCUCCACGUCCACAUCCACCUUCACUUCGACACUGCUUUCCCCCCCGGAGAGCGAGGAACCCUCCCUCUCCCUUCUCCCCCCAAAACCCAAACCCAAAUCCAAAUCAAAUACCUAGCCACCCAGAAGGGGCCACACUGCCAUAUCCUGAGCCACAGCCUGAGCCAGAGCAAGAGCCAGAAACACCAGGUCUUCCUACCCCCGACCCCCGAGUCGCCCUGCUUUCCCUCCUCCUGUCUUUCAUCUUUCCACUCUUCCCAUUUCCUUUCAAAGUCCCACUCCCUCACCUGCAACUGCCUUUGGUGGCCCAUCCCGUCGCCCUUCCGCCUUCUUCAACAUCUCGCCCUCGCAUCAAUCCUCCUCCCCCUCUCCAACCCAAAUCCGCCACAGCUUUUGUCGCUGCCACGUCUUUCGACUCUUUUUUUUUUUUUCCUUCAUCUGUACCAAACCAUAUCUCACCACCGCCAUCAUCACCGGUCGCGCAUCCCGCCAUCUGUCGCGCGCUUCUGUCUGCACUCCCCAGCCUUUCUCUUAUCCGUCCAACUGAAGGCUCCUUGUACCCUUGCGCCCGACCGCUGAAUCCGACACGACUUUGCCGCCAGCCGGCUUUUUAGCGCACCGCGUAACCACGUACACGCUCUGCGACACUCCCACCUCCAACCACAAGGUGGCUGACCGACAAACUUUUGACGACAUCGACACUCUUUCUUCGCUUCCGAACAACCACCAUCCUUCAAUCAACUUCUCCUUCAUCCAUCGCAUCGACCUCACCCCAUCUCGUCGGGCAGACGCUUGUCUGCAGCCCGGCUCACAAUCAUGAACGCCAACGUCAAUCCCAACCUGGCCAACAUGAACGCCAUGGGCGGUGGCCCUGUUGGCGCGCCCGUCCCUAUGAUGAAUAAUGGCGCAGUCGCUCCCCAAGUCGCCGGCGGUCCACGACAGAUGACCAUGCCCACCGAGAGCCAGCGCACUCUGCUCAACACCUACAUCUACGAGUACUUCCUCCGCCAUCAAAUGUUUGAUUGCGCGAGAUCCCUCCUUAAUGGAGACCACCAAGUGAAUGUCAUGAAGGACGGCGCCAACCGCCGGAGGGACGAGAACGGUAACCUCAUUGGCAAUGGUCUCGGUGACGACCCCAUGGACACCGACUCCAAAGACGACAUUGACGCGAAGCUCCCUGAUGACCUUCCGGCCCCCAAGCUGCCCAUGCCUGCCUCAGAAUCAUCCUUCUUGUACGAAUGGUUCUGCCUCUUCUGGGACAUCUUCCACGCGCAACGAACAAAGGGUGGCAACGGUCCCGUCAAUCAAUAUGUCAGCCAUACUCAGCAGCAAUCCCGCAUGCGACAGAACCAACAGCAAGAACUUCUCCGCCAAAUGCGCCCAGACGGCAUGGCCGCCCAGCAGCAAUAUCACUCCCAGAUGAUGCGCAACAUGCAAAAUGGCGGUAUGGCCAUGAACAUGCAAAAGGGCAACUUGGCACGGGCCGCCAUGGCGAAUAAUCAGAACAACCCCCAGGCCAUGCAAAUGCUUCAGCAGCAUGCGAAGCAAACCCAGAUGCAGCGAGAUCCUUCGGACAUGGAUGGCAACCGCCAGCGCCCCUCGUCGCCUGGGUCUGGUGAAAACGCUCCUUCCCCCUCCAAGAGACCACGCCUGGACGGUGCGCCCAACUUCCCGAACCAGGCUGGAAUGAUGCCGAACGGAAGACCUCAGCAGGGCAUGCCUGGCCAGCAGGUGGGGACCACCCCGAACGUAGCUCAAGCCCAGCAGAUGCUCAUCACCAACGGAAUCAACCCGGCGUCGCUGACCCAGCAGCAGUUUACGACAUUCUCAAACCAACCACCUGCUGUCCAAGCUAAGUCUAUUGCUACAUAUGCGGCAAACCUCCAACAGCAUCAGGCUAGCCAGAUGCCUAACAAAACCAUGCCUAACGCGCCCGGCCCCCAGGGCCAGGGCUCACCCAUGAUGGCUCAAGGCCAAGAAGGUGCCGGGCUGGCUGCGUACUACAAUGCUGGGGAAAUGGGUCCAGGAGGAAUUCGGCCUGGCCCUGGCGGUGCCCAAGCCGGUGGUGGAAGUAACCACGCUCUGCAGGACUAUCAAAUGCAGCUAAUGCUUCUGGAGCAGCAGAAUAAGAAAAGGCUCAUGAUGGCCCGCCAGGAACAAGAUAACAUGGGCGGAGGUGCCAUACCCAGAGACGGUCCCGCCGGGCCUGGCGGCCCUGGCGCACCUCCUGGUCCCAAUGGUCAGCCUUUCCCGGAGACAUCUCCCCAAGGCGCCAGAACCGGAGCUUCACCAAACCCAACGGAGCAGAUGAAGAGAGGUACCCCGCAGAUGAACAACGCUGGCAUUCCUUCACCGCUCCCCGAGGGCGCUCAAUCUCGUGGCUCUCCCAACCCUAUGAACUUUAUGGGUAACCAAAUGGAUCCGAAUAUGGCGCCACACUUCUUCAAGGGCAUGGGCAAUCAAAUGGAUGGGAACAUGGCCGGCAACCCUCAGAUGAAUGGCGGCAUGCGCCCACCCAGCUCACACCCUGGUCAGCAGUUCAACGGUCAGAUGAACCCGCAGCAGAUGAUGGUCGCCCGGCAACAGCAGCAACAGGCGCAACAGCAGCAGCAAGCCCAGCAGCAGCAGCAGCAGCAGCAGCCACCUCAGCAGCAGGGACAGCCUCAGCAGGCCGGCCAAGGUGGUCAGCCGGUGCAAUGGCAGCAAGGCGGGCCGAAUGGUCAGAUGGUGCCUCAGGGUCCUCAGGGAUCUGUUCAGGGUACACCGCAGCAACGGUCGAUGCCACCGCCAUCUGCACCAGCUGGCGCCAACUCCAACCGGACGAGCACUUCCUCGCCUCAACAGGCCGCAGCGGCUCCCCCGACUCCGUCACAAUCAAACAAGGCGGCGCCGAAGAAGAAGGAUACCAAGAACACAAAGGCAAAGGCUGCGGCGGGAAAGAAGUCAGGCAACAACAACCUGAACAGUGGCACUACACCAGCCGCCGACGGUGCAGAUGCGGAGGCUGCAACACCUGCAACUCCCAUCACUCCUGUCACCUCUGCCAACUUCACCAAGAACGGACAAAAUGCCGCCGUGCCAGCCGUGCCCAACGGCCAGGCUGCUGCUCCUGCACCUGCCCCUCAGCCUCAGGUACCCCCCCAGGCACAACACGAUGCCAACCAGAACGGAGGGUUCAUGGACAACACGAACCCAAUGGUGGACUUCGGUGCUAUGGCAUUCGCCGACCCGUUGGUCUCGGACAAUGUUCUUAACGACUUCGACUUUGACUCAUUUCUACACGAAGACGGCGACAAUCAGGCCUUUGAUUUCAACACGGGUUCAUUUGGCAUGGAAGGCGCCAACGAAAUUGGCGCAGACUAGACGGUUUCUAAGCCUGACUUUUAGGUGUACGAUUCUCUCUCGUCUGUGUCAUGCCUUAGUUGUGCGUUAGGCGUUGUGUCGAUUCCCCAGCCUGAUUUCUCCGUGCCUCGCCAUUCUGCGGUCGAGCGGCAUGGCAUUUGCGAAGCAUGGCUAUCUCCAUUUGAUUUAUGGAUGCGCUCAGAAUACCAAAAAAAGGGGGUUUUACAGUCUAGAAUACAUCAAAUCGGACUGAGCCCACAUCGAUUUGUUGGCAUCUUGCCAACUGUAACUUUCAGGAGGAUUUGCUCGACAAUUGCAGUCAAGAUAAAGCAGUCGGGCUUAACUCUCGCCGCCUCAUCGAGCCUGUCACUUUCCUAUUUCAUAUGCUUUGAUUUACCAAUCGCCUUUGGACGACGUUAUGUGUGGCAUGCACUUGACGGAUUGCCUCAUUGGCGGCAUACUCCAAUGAGUCGUUUUGCUGUUCAGCACAGCCUCGUUUUCAACGGCGAUUUAAUUCCCUUGCGUGCAUGUGCCUGGGGUAACACGCAUACAAACUUCACGUUACUUUUCUCCUUGUCGGUCGUUGGUGGACGGACCGCUUGCGAGAAUUCUUGAUCAUUGGUUCUGGAGUUCUACUGGAAGGGUUCGCAAAGUUUUGUCGGGUGCCUUUCCUAUCGAACCAGUGGGCGUAAUCAUUGAUUGUACGUGGCAUACGAUGUGCGAAUGCAGAGCCCGGUUUCGUUUGGUGGACCCAUCAGUGUUCAUUUGCAAAAGAGGUGACAAGAGAGUCCAAAAGGGGGCAGUUGUACCGGUUGUGGAUUGAGUUGAGAGCAUUGUAUUUACUAGAAGGUCGGGGACACGUUCGAUCACCAGCGUCGUCCUACUGUCGUCGUUGACCCUGGAUCCUGUCGGAUUAUACUGUGGCGCGGUGCGGUAUUGGUUUACGAGGAUCAAUCCAUCUUUUUUUCAUAUCCUGGAUGCCAUCAAAUAUCAAAGUUCCCUCUGGCAUCUCUGUCAAUUAUUCGUAGAAACAUCACCAGCACUACUGCAUUGAACAUGACGAUCACGAUCAUGUCUUCUCCUCAG